UUACAUAGUUAAAGAGUAGUAAACCCUCCUAUUUAUCUGCAGUGUGUAGGCUAAUUAGCUAAUGUAACGUUAAGCUAGCUGAGUGCGUGAGUGUGCACGUGAGCUGGGUGAAUAGUAGGAAAGAAACUGUAACAUUAACAUAAAAUGUGAAUGUAGGUGCAUAUGUAAUGCUUUAGUAUGAACCAUAUUUUGUAAUGAAAAAUAAAUUAUGCACUAUGCAGUCAUUCGAACAAGAAGAGCUUUUGAAUCUUGUGUAGAUUAUUUAAGUUACAUUUUGCCGGUUAUAGUGACAUGAAUUUAUUUAUAUUUUUACAGCCUAAGGGCAAGAAGAAAAUGUCCCUAAAAGUCCCUAAAAAUGACUCGAUGACAGAGGUGACCAAAAAUGAUUUGGAUGGUCCUGAAGUUGAAGGAAGCUCUGCUCCAAGUCGCAGCAGCAUAAGCAGCAUUGGAUCAGGAUCAAUCUCCAAAGUGGAGUUCCUAGAAGCAAGGAUCCAAUGGCAAGAAAAAAUAAUAAAGGAUCUUGAGCAAGAGCGCAAUUUCUUGCGUGAGCAAAUCAUGGGAAAGAAGAAAUCAUCUCAACCAAAAGUAUUUACUUUGGAGGACGACGACGAGGAUGACGAUGGUAACAUGGAUGAAGAUGACGUCAUUCCCCCAUCUUCUCCAAACAUCAGUGAGUCCUCGGACAGUGAUGUUGUCAUCCAAAGACGGAAGAAACGUUGGACACAGCCACCUGCAUCUGCAACUGUGGCUGUGCUUGGAAAAGCUCAUGUGAGAGCAAAAGGACCAGCUGAGGUUAUCAGCAGAUAUAAAAAAGUCUUGAAAAGCUUAAGCAAAGUCCGCACCAUGACUGAAGCCUUCAGAAUCAAUGGCGUGGACCGGGGAACCAUCAAGAUGACUGCUGCAAUUGCAGAGCUCAGCAUUGUGGAUCCUGAAACCUUCAAGACCCUGAAGUAUGAUCCUGCAACUGAGACCCUGCAGUCCUUUGCUAAGAGGUGUGCAACCCACAUUACCCCUGAGAAGAAGAGCAUUAUAGAGGACAUGAAGGCCAAAGGCCAACUCCUCCCCUUGUUGAUGAAAUAUUAAAGACUUAAGUGAUCUGCUUUGUUCAGUUAAAGAUCGGUUGUAUUGUAUUGGAAACGUGAAAUAUUAACCUGUGCAGAUUUAGUUAUAUCCUUGUUAGUGCACAGGGGAAAUAAAUCACCUGAUGCAGUAAUUAUAGAGCAAGUUUAGGCUGUGAAAGUGCAAUGUUUGUACAGUUCAGUACAUUUGUUCUAAGCUUUGACAAGUGUAGUUUAGCUGAUGAAGAGCAAGUUCAUGUUGAGCUGUGCAGGUUUUAUAUUUUUUAGA